UAUGGACCAGACUUAUGUGCCGAGAAAACGAGCAACAUUGUCCCACAACAUGGGCACGGAAUGUACCCUACGAUAUUAUAGAAUUUUGUCAUCCCAGGCUCCAAGAACGGCCUUGCAGCCCCAAAAUUACAAAUAUAGAGUGGCUAAAAUCAAAGUAAGCACUCGACAAGCGCGGUUGGUGAGCAAGCGCGUCGUCAAGAAAAUAAAUAAAAUAAGUUGAAAAGUUGACAACGUACUAACGUAUUUAUUUCGUAUCUUGUAUUUGAGAAAAGCAAACGUUUGUUUUUUGCCGACCAACUCUCGCGAACAUGACUGAACGUGCCGCCGCGGACGAGGAAACAACGGAAAAAAUAGUGUCGCAUGAAUUCAGAAAAGUUCAUUGAUAUACCCCACAAAAAUAUCCAAACAAAAUAUCGCCUACAAAUAUCAAGCAAAUGUAUAUAUCAACAUUCGAUGUAUACCUACCGCGCACAACGCAACAACAGAAAAUAACGCUCUUUUUAGCAAUUGAUUUUUUGUUGGAAAGAAAUAAAUAAAAUAAUUAAUAAGUGCGUCAAGUUGAGUACGUUCUCCGGAAUUUGGUUCGAUUGGUUCCUCCACGUUUUUUGGCGUCGUCGGCUGUACGUGUCUAUCUCUCUCUCUCUCUCUCCCUCUCUAUCUGCCCUGCUCCGCAUGCAAGCGCAACGAAACGAACAAGAAACAGAAAACGUAAACGCGUUCGUACACAUCUGCAUGUGCGCGACUGUGUUGGUGUAUAUGCGCGCGCGCGUUCAUGUGUGUGUGUGUGUUAGUGCCGCAGCGCAAUAGAAAAAAUCAAAUGAAAAAAUGAGACAAGAGAAGAGAGCAGCCCGCAACCGAAGUCCCCCCAAAAGAAUUGUUUUUCCAUUAUUUUUUCUGUGUGGUGCUAAAUAAAAUACACAACAAUAUAAACAAACAAAAAAAGCGUAAAAAGUUACUGAAAAACAACUGUAAAGUAAUGGCCGUGUGUGUGAUGGCCUGGCCCAUGUACGUGUGCGUGUGCGAAAAUCAAUAACAAAAGGCAAAGCACGAAAACAUACAAGAAACCAGUGAGUGAGCGGUGUGUGUGUGUGUGUGUGUGUGUUUGUGCGUUGGGGAUAAAGGGGGAUAAAAUGAACAAGCAGCCGCCCGUGUGUCCAAGAGCAAUGCGUCGCCGGUUCCAGUUCAAAUCCGAAUCCGAAUCUUUGCAACGUCAAUUUUUAAACAUUCGCAUUCGCAUCGAAACCAAUUGAGAAAACGCUAACCAAAAGAAAACGAAGCCAAAAGAAGGAGGAUAGAACAGAACAGAACAACCCCAGAAGAAGAACAGUUAGUGAGAGGAGCAACAGCAGCAGCGACGCCAACGCCAACGCCGACGCCAAAAGUAGGGCGACUUGCGCGCGUAAAUUUGGGUCGUCGACUGCAACUGCAGCAGCAGAGGCAGAAGCAGCAGAGGCAGCAGCAGCACAGCCCAGUGUGCAUUCCAUUGGCGGAUUUCCAGUGUUCCAUCGCAUCGCCCCCGCAACGCAACGCAACGCAACCCCCUCCCUCCUCUCUUCAAUCAAAAUCAUUGCAAAAUGUCGCUGCAAACGAAACGACAGCACUGUUACCUAUGUGACCUGCCCCGCAUGCCCUGGGCUAUGAUCAAUGACUUCACGGAGGCGGUGUGCCGCGGCUGCGUCAACUAUGAGGGCGCCGACCGCAUUGAGGUGGUGCUGGACGCCGCCCGCCAGAUGAAGCGCCUCCAUCCGAGCAGCAAGCGGGCGCACGAGAACGGCGAAGUGGUCGUCCUCCAGCAGCAACAACAGCAGGCAGUAGCUGGUCUCCAGCAGGUGCCAGGAUCGCACCGUGGAGCGCCAAGCAGCAGUGCCGUAGGACCUGGUCCCUCCGGCGCCCCCGGUGGACCCCUCUCGCUGGGCAGCUCCACGGCACUGGGUGCAGUCGCCGCCGCUGCGGCAGCGGCCCACCAUCAUCAUGCCGCCGUCGCGGCCGCCUACCAGAUGCCCGUGCCACGGAUCGGACCUCCGUCGCAGCAGACCACCAGCCUAAUGGACUAUCCAGUCAAGUUGGAGGCGUCGCCGCAUGACGGGGCCGGCGGCGUUCGACCCGUUCGCAUCUCCCACAUGACGCCCCACCAUAUGCCGCCCAACUCGGCCCAGAGGGCCGCCUCCGUGGCCCAGCAGCAACAGCAGCAGCAGCAACAACAGCAACAACAACAGCAGCAACAGUCCGGUGGGGGCGGGGGCAUGGCCGGCGGUGGAGCCGGCAGUGGACCCACGCUACCGCCCGCCCUUUCCGUCAAUCUGAAGCGCCCCUCCUCCGAGGAUGUGGACGAUCAGCAACAGCCGCAUGGCCCCCACGCCGUGGUCCCAUCGGAUGCGGCUGGUCCACCCGGCGUCAAGAGAAGCGCCCUCGACGAUCCCAACGGCGUGCGGCCGCCCCUCACACGCGGCGAAUCACUGCCCGCCGCCGUCAGCUACGUACCGGAGCGGCAGCUCAAUUUGCGGGACAAGCAGCAGCCGGUGCGGGCGCCCAGCUUCGAUGCUUCGACCUUCAAAGCAGGCGAGCACCUGUCCCCGGCCAGUCGACGCAAUGGAUCUAGCCCGCCCUCGGGACCGCUGCCCCCACGUAGCGUACACUCGCCGAAUAGUUCGGGCUCCUCGUCGGGUCGGCGAUCGUCGGGCUCCCGGCAUGUGUCCAGCACAACCGUCACAAGCACAGAGGUGGGUGGUGCGAAUGCCGGGCAGGCGGCCGUAUCCGGCGGACUGGGCAGUGGCAGCGGAGGAGUAGCCGGCUCUUUGGGGGUGCCGGGCGGCGCCAGCAACUCUCAGCUGUCCGGUGGCAGUGCCACACCUGGCAACGGGGGCGGACCCUCAUCAAUGCCACCCGGUGCGGGGGCCGGCGACGGCAGCACGGCCGGGGGCAGUAAUGGAGGCACCGGCAUCGGCGGCGGCGGCGGUCCGUCCGGCAGCAAUGGCAGCGGAGCCGUGAACCCUGGCCCCGGGAGCAGUGGCAGUCAAGGCACGCCAGGCAUGGGCAGCGGCGGAGGUGCUGGUGCCGGUAUCAGUGGGGCGCCGGGCGGCAGUGCAGCAUCAAAUUCGGCAGCGGCGGCAGCGGCUGCGGCCGCCCAGAAUGCCACGCUCAAGUGCACCCUGUGCCAGGAGCGGCUCGAGGACACGCACUUUGUCCAGUGUCCGUCGGUGAAUCAUCACAAGUUCUGUUUCCCCUGCAGCCGCGAGAGCAUUAAGCGGCAGAAUGGACUGGGCAACGAGGUGUACUGUCCGAGUGGAGACCGCUGUCCGCUAGCCAACUCCACCAUACCGUGGGCGUUCAUGCAAGGCGAGAUCACCACCAUACUGGGCGAGGAGGUGAAGGUGAAGAAGGAGCGCGAGUCUUAAUGUCCGUUUUACUGUAAAAAGCUGCGCAGAGCUUUGGAGCACUUUUGAGAGAGUUGUGUUUGUGUGUGUGUGAUCUCUCUAUAUCUUUCUCUGUAUACCUCUCUCUCGCACACUCACACGCCAAAACUCUCUCUCUCUAUUGCACACGCCGCUCUCCCGCUGGAGUCAGUUUGUGUGGGUAUGUGAGGGGAGGGCUGGAGAGGAGGCGACAUUUUUUUUGUGGCAACCGCAGCCAGUGACUGCGGCGGCGGUAAUGUUAACGGCAGGAGAAGCAGCCAGCGUUAAAAGCUAUCUCUCUCUCUGUCGAAGACGACCGACCGACCGAUAGAUCGGUCGUCCGACCGAUCAAUCAACAACAAUAAUUUUGUAGGCAGCAAAGAACUGCUGGGGCAUGCCCCACCAUAUGGUGGGGGAUCCCAAAAAAAAAAAAGCAAAAACAAAAUAAAACAAAAAAUUGAAUCAAAGCAAAAGCGCAAGCAGAAGCGGAAACGGAAGCGUUAGAACGUGAAAAGAGAACACCAACACCAACACCAACAACAUAAACAACAACAAAAACACCAACAACCAACGAUAAGAUGAAACAUUUUUGUAGCAUACUUAUGGGAGGAAGGAAGGAAAUGGAGCAGAGAAGCAGAAGAGGAGGAAGGCCCCGAGAAGCGAGAGAAAAA